AUGGCUGCCACCGAUGACUUCACGAUAGAGGCUUUUACGCUGUUAGGACUUGCCAUUGUCACGAUCGUCGUGCGCGUCAUUGCCCGUUAUCUCACUGUCGGGUUGAAAAACUUCCAAUUCGAUGAUUAUUUGAUGCCGGUGGCUGGGAUAGUCUACAGCUUCGAAACCGCCGCUGCCUACUGCGUCGGUGCCUGGUGGCAAGGCCUCGCCAACAACUCCAUGACAGAUCACCAACGCAUGACCCUCGAUCCAGCCUCGGAGGAAUAUCGGCUACGAGUCGGCGGUAGCAAGACGCAGGUCGUGGGCUGGAGUCUCUACACGACGUUACUAUGGUUGUUGAAGACCUGUAUGGCGAUGUUCUUUUCCCGAGUGACGUAUGCCAAUUAUUGCACUGCCCUUUUUCCUCAAGCAUACCUUCGCUAUUUUGCAAUGCUGAUACACCAGGAUGAUAACAGAGCCGGCCUCGUCAAUAUGACUAUCCGAAUCCGUCUCGCAUACCUCUUCAUCGCUGCGACUUAUAUCGCGGUCAUCUGCUCCAUCUUGUUUGGAUGUCAUCCUAUAAGCAAGAAUUGGCAGAUUUAUCCCGAUCCGGGGAAUUAUUGUCAGCCGGCGGUUUCGCAUAUUGAUGUUUAUGUGACGGUUACGUUGAAUGUUGCGACGGAUGUUUAUUUGAUUUCGAUUCCUACGCCGAUGUUAUUCAAAGCGCGUCUCCCCUGGCGCGAGAAACUCGAACUUCUCGUUCUCUUCAGUGGCGGAAUCUUCGUCAUGGCGGCAGGAAUCUUACGAUGCGUGUUGAUCGUCACGGCCGGAGCCAACGGCGCCUCACAAGCCGGCAGCUGGGCCUGCCGCGAAACCUUCGUCGCCGUCAUAAUCGGCAACGCACCCAUGAUCUACCCUCUAUUCCGACGCAUGGCACGUCGAGCGGGCUGGUACAUCACGGACACGUAUGGGUAUGGUGGCGGAGGGUCGCAGUCGUAUCAGCUCUCGGAGGGCGACGGGAAAGUUAUUAACGAUCAUACGUCGACGAUGCAGAGUCGCAAGAAACGGUUUCGGCAUCCGUUGUCCAUUCCAGAUACGCAGUGGAAUGCGACGGUGGAUGAUCCACAUGGAGUGGAGGAUGAGGGGGGCAUGUUGGGGGGGUUUCAGGGGAAGAGGCAGAGUCUGACUCAGGUGCAGGCGCAGGCGCAAACUGGAAUGCAGAGUCAGGCUGGGGGUAGAGUUAGCGGGGAGGGGGAGAAGAGGAAGAGAGGGUCGACACUGGGGUUGGGGAGGGAGUGGGAGAGGUUGAGUGAGGAGGAUGGGGAUGGAGAUGGGGAUGGUAGAAGGGGGAUCACGGUGGUGAGGGAGACGAUUGUGAGGAGUAAGGAGAGGGAGGGGAAGAGGGAAAGUUUCUUGUGA